UGUGCUGCUCACAGCUGUUAUGUUAUGACCAGCACCUGUUCAUAGCAGAACAUUAUAUUAACUUAUAUAUACUUUUCUUACUUUUUAUGUUUUUUGCUUUUUGUUUUGCUAUACAAUAUGAUUAUGACUGAAAACAGUUUUGUGAUGAAAAGGAGACAAAUUCUGUAUCUUAUUUUUAUCUCAGGGGUUUGCUCCUUCACAGUGGGAUCUUCAGACUUUCACCUUAUUGAUCUUUCAAAGACCUAUGAAGAAGCAAAGAGCUACUGCAGAGAGAUGUACACUGAUUUAGCAACAGUUCACAACUCAGCAGAAAUGAAUAAUUUGAUAACUUUAGUUUCAACUUCCACUGCCAGAGCCUGGAUAGGACUGGAGGCUGGAGAUGUGUGGAUGUGGCACUGGUCUUGGCCUGAUCAAAAAGUGGAUUUUUUAAACUGGAAGGCAGGAGAACCACAAACAAAGAAUCAAGAUGCAUGUGUAGCAAUGGAUCAACAUGGCGAGUGGUUUGAAAGUGACUGUGGAACUAAAAGAAGUUUUGUUUGUCGUGGCAGUGGUGAAACUAGUGGUCUCGCUUUUGUUGCUGACACCAAAUCAUGGAGGGACGCUCAGAAUCACUGCAGGGGCUUAUCAUCUGAUCUGGUCAGCAUACACUCAGAAGAGGAGAAUGAGGCAGUACAGAAUGUGUCUGUGUCACAAAAUGUGUGGAUUGGCCUCUUUAAAGAUCCUUGGAAGUGGUCGGAUGGGAGCAACUCAUCAUUCCGUUACUGGAAACCCUUUCAACCAAACUACCUUGAAGAUCAGGAUUGUGCUGCUGCUAUAUUCAAAGAUAAAGGGCAGUGGAAUGACCUGAAAUGCGGCGGCAAACGCAACUUUGUUUGUCGUGGGGCAAAGAAAACAAUUUCAACAACCACCAGUCAGACAAGUACACAAGAGACCUUUACAAUAGAUCAGCUACCAACAAAUAUCACAACUCUUCAAAGUAUUUCACCUCAAGAGAUUGGAAUAACAUUUAAUUUUACUGUGGUUGCUUCUACCAAACAACCAAACAACACUAAUGUUACCACUGAAGAAGAAACAACUCCUGCUGAACUCACAGCAACAAAUACCACAGAUGUUGUACACAGUGCCUCAAGCACUGAGCUCAACAAUGCAACUACAGAAAUGUCAACUUCGACAGCAACAGAGCUACCUCCCUCAACUAAUGUGCAAGUAACCACAGAUGGUAUUUUUGCAUCAACAACACUAGUGGGGACCUCAGCCCAAAACACAACACAGCUUUCAACCCUAAUGUCCACUGAAAACACUCAAAGUUUGCCUUCAGGAAAUCUGAUACUCAUCCAGCAGAACAUGACAUGGAUUGAAGCUAUGAGUUACUGCAGAGAGCACUAUAUCGACCUUGUCCAUAUUACUACCAAAGAAAUUCAAGACAAAGUGGCUGAAAAGGUGAAGAAUGCCACUUCACAAUACGUUUGGCUCGGCCUGCGCUACACCUGCAAGUUUAAUUUUUGGUUCUGGACCAGGUCAACUACUGGCUGUUACCAGAACUGGGCCCUCGGACAAGGAUCUGAGGGGAAAUACGACUGUGGUGUUACAGGUGCCAUUGAGGCCACUGGGAGGCAGCAGUGGGUAGGCUUGCCUGAGACAGAAAAACUGAAUUUCAUCUGCUAUGCGUGUGCUGGAUGAGUGUCGAGGGCCAGUGAUACUUCAGAUGACAAAGAUGCUGCAAUUUUAAUCAUGCUGUAUGAAGAAAUAACACUGGUUAUUGUGCUGGUUAUAUUUUUGCAGUGGUUGAUUUAACAUUCAGAACCAGGUUUUUGACAAUUGUAACUCUAAGCCAGCAGAUUUUGAUGGAUUUCAGCCAAGACAUCAUUUUAACGUUCACUUAUGACGUCAUACUUUUACCUUUGUUUAAAAUACAGCUGCCUUCUCUAUUGUUGAGACUGCAUUUCAUUGAAUAUGAAAACCUCAUGUGGUGUGUAGGUGUGCACAUUCACAGUCAUGGGCAGCAAGAAUAAUGUGAGAACACUGAUCUGCUCUAUGCCUUUCACUCAGGGGUUACUAUUUGCAUGUUGACCCCCCUGGAGUGGGCCCCAAGAUUGUCUUUUUUAGACCACCAGAGAAUGUUCCUGAUCCAGACUGCCUGCUGCCCUCACUGACCUGACCUUCACUAGCAGCCACAUGGAAGACACAGCUCACAGACACUCACCUUCCUGUCUGCACCCUUGAGGGACACUGAGCAUCUACAAUCAUGGGAAGUGGAACUGAUACCUUUUCAGCCAUGAAAACUGCAUUUCAUCAAUCUCAAACUGUAUGACACAUAAAUGCAACUGUGAAAAGAUUGUGUUUUCACUGUUAUCAGACGGGCUGUUCCAUGGAACCAACACAGGAAAUAUGCUUAACAGUAUUGUGUAACAGUAUUGGAAAAAAAGUGGUGAUAUUGUGUGCAUACUGAAAUGAGUCCUUAAACCACAAACUGAUAAUAAAAUUACACGUGUCUACAUCCUAA